AAAGUUCCCAAAUCGCGUUUCUGAACCGGCCUCUUCCCUCUGCUCUGUAUACCCUCCUAAUUCAAACUCUCCCUCCCCCUCUCCUGAAACCACUCAUACCUUUUCGAGUGCGUCUUUAUCUCCGUCCCCUCUCCUCUCUUUUCUCCUUCCCCGGUUCCUUUUCCUUUCCCCCCAGCCAAAAUGCAGGCCUUCCGCCGUAACACCGCUUCUGCUCUUCGCAAUGCUGCUGCCACGCAGCGCCGGGGAUACGCAGCUUCAGCUAGCCCCAUCUACUCUGAGACCGUCAACAACCUUCGCAUCAACUCGGAGACGAAGGUGAUCUUCCAGGGUUUCACUGGAAAGCAGGGAACUUUCCAUGCCGAGCAAGCCAUCGCCUACGGCACCAAGGUCGUUGGUGGAACCAACCCUAAGAAGGCCGGAUCCCUGCACCUCGACAGACCCGUUUUCGCCAACGUGAGCGAGGCUGUGAAGGAGACUGGCGCCACUGCUACUGCGCUUUUCGUUCCUCCCCCAUUGGCUGCCAAGGGUAUCGAGGAGGCCAUCGAGGCCGAAAUCCCUCUGGCUGUCUGUAUCACCGAGGGUAUCCCUCAGCACGACAUGGUCCGUAUCACGGACAUCCUGAAGACGCAGAACAAGACCCGUCUUGUGGGUCCUAACUGCCCUGGUAUCAUUGCUCCCGGCCAAUGCAAGAUCGGUAUCAUGCCCGGAUUCAUCCACAAGCGUGGCCGUGUCGGUAUCGUCUCUCGUUCCGGUACCCUGACCUACGAGGCCGUCAACCAGACCACCCAGGCCGGUCUGGGUCAGUCUCUGGUUGUCGGUAUCGGUGGUGACCCCUUCUCCGGAACCAACUUCAUCGACUGCUUGAAGAUCUUCCUCGAGGACCCCGAGACCGAUGGUAUCAUCAUGAUCGGUGAGAUCGGUGGUAGCGCUGAGGAGGACGCCGCCGAGUUCCUCAAGGCCAACAACAAGUACAACAAGCCUGCUGUUGGUUUCAUUGCUGGUAUCAGUGCUCCCCCGGGCCGCCGUAUGGGUCACGCCGGUGCCAUCGUCAGCGGCGGCAAGGGUGGUGCCGACUCGAAGAUCUCUGCUCUGGAGAAGGCUGGUGUCAUCGUCGAGAGAAGUCCCGCUGCUCUUGGCAAGGCCCUGUUGGCCGAAUUCGUCAAGAGGGACCUGGUCUAGAUUAAGUGAUCAUCAAUCACUUUUGCACCCGGCGGAGAUAUGACAUAAUCCUGCAGCGUUUGUUUUUGGUUGGUAUGAGCGAUUUUUCUUCUUUAUCAACCAGGCAGACAUGUGAAGGAUGUCGUACUUCUGCUCAUCCUUUUAUUUAUCAUUUAGACGACCUUUUCUCCUUAUUUGCCCGAGCCAUGGUGGCCGUCCUGUAUUUUCUAUCUGAUCUCUUAUCCCCCUCGUCGAUAUAUUUCCUUUGUUUAGAAGAUGCAAGGCAGUAAUUAGGUCUGGUAUGUAAAUUUGAUUUAUUAUUCACGGGCCCACGUGCGGGAGAAUUCUUGUAGGCACCACCGUUUAAUGAGCAUCGAUGACCCGAGUCUCUGCCGCGGUACAGAUCCUCCAGUGUCCACAGACCCUCGUUUCUCUGGUGUAGAUUAGCCUGGCCACACGCAA